AACAGAAACGAAUCAAAACGAUAUCAAAAACCCCAACUUUCUCUCUCACAUACAAACACACAAAACACACACUACCAUCCUUCGCAAAGCUUUGAAAACCUCUGUUUUUCUCUGUAAAACUCCAAAUUUCUCACUCGGAUUGCCAAUGGAGUGUUAGCAAAUCACUUCACAAAUCAUACCGCAAAGGUGGUUUUCCACAUUUGGUGUAUUUAUAGUUGCGAAGUUUCUCGAAAGAAUGAGACCGGACCAGUGUUUUAGUUUAAUCUUUUGUAGCUAAAAACCUCAACUUACUUAUGGAAUUUGCGUGAUUUAUGCUUGGUUUUUCAACAAUGACAUUGAAUUCUGGGGCGCCGCCGCCAUUUAGGUUGCGGGAAGUGGAUUUUCGUCCGCCAUUGCUACUCCAGAGGAAGAUAUUGAUUCAACGAGGUGAUUGUAUGUUUAUCUGUUGCUGUUAUGAUAAGGUUGUGCCGAUUCGGAGAGGAGUUGUUGGGGCGGGACGCAAGGGUGUGGACAAAAUUGAAGAAUGGCCGACUGAUUUGAGGAAGAACACUCAUAAAGUUCGAAUGCAAGCUACACCUACAUGGUCUUUUGCAUCAUCUCAACCUCAGCUGGCUUCAAGACUAGAAAAGUUCUUUCCGCACUGUAUCCCCAGAAACGAUGGGCCACAGUCUCGUGACACUCCACCAAAAAGAGAUACGGGUAUCGCGAAUGAGAAGGACUGGGGCAUCAAUUUGUUAACUGAACAUGUUAAUGAAUCUGGCAUUAAUGAGGAUGGUAGUACCUGGUAUAAAGAAAGUGGAGAGGACCUAGGCGAAAAUGGUUACAAAUGUAGAUGGGCAAGGAUGGGUGGUCAAAACAGUGAUGGCUCCUCAAAAUGGAAAGAAGUGUGGUGGGAAAAAAGUGACUGGACUGGAUACAAAGAGCUAGGUGUUGAGAAAUCUGGAAGAAAUUCUGAAGGUGAUUCGUGGUGGGAAACCUGGCGGGAAGUUCUUCACCAAGAUGAAUGGAGUAAUAUAGCUAGGAUAGAGAGAAGUGCACAAAAGCAAGCAAAAUCAGGCACAGAAAAUGCUGGAUGGUAUGAGAAUUGGUGGGAGAAAUAUGAUGCAAAAGGGUGGACCGAGAAAGGAGCACAUAAGUAUGGUAGACUAAACGAGCAGUCGUGGUGGGAAAAAUGGGGCGAGGAUUAUGAUGGAAGAGGAUCUGUUUUAAAAUGGACAGACAAAUGGGCACAGGCUGAACUUGGAACCAAAUGGGGAGAUAAAUGGGAGGAGAGGUUUUUCGCUGGUGUUGGUUCUCGUCAAGGAGAGACAUGGCAUAUAUCGCCCACUGGUGAACGUUGGUCAAGGACAUGGGGCGAAGAGCAUUUCGGAAACAGCAAGGUUCACAAGUACGGGAAAAGCACGACAGGUGAAAGUUGGGAUACCGUUGUAAACGAGGAAACUUAUUACGAGGCGGAACCUCAUUACAGUUGGGCCGAUGUCAUUGGUGACUCGACUCAAUUGCUAUCCAUCCAACCUCAGGAGAAACCACCCGGUGUCUAUUCAUAUAUCGACUUUGGAUCCUCUCCAACGCCACCACCACCUCAAAACGGUGGUCCGCCAGCGAUGCCGCCAAGAAAUCAAUAA